ACACGUCCACUUUUCAGCUCCAGCCACGUAUUACAUAAUAUUUAUCUACCAUGUAUUUAUUUAUAAUGUUAAAACUGCAGAAUCAUUCAGUCACUCGUCAUGAUCCGUAUAAAACUGUGUGUAACAAAUAUUAAACGCUCAGUCAUCUUGUCAAGUUUACAAAUGUGGAGUGAAAUAUAACUUAUUUAGGGCACAUAAUUUACGUCGUUACACAAAAAUGGACCCCUUCCUAGUGACGGUAACGCUAUUUGUGGGAGUUAUCCUGAUUUUAUUCUACCUGGCAAACAAACCGAGAAACAGUCGGUACCCAAAAGGUCCCCUUAGAUUUCCUCUCCUCGGAAACAUUCCUCAAUUAUUGUGGGGUCGCGUAGUGGACAAGAAACAGAGGCAGGAAAUAUAUCAGGAAUAUUCAAAAAUCUAUGGACCCGUCUUUUCCACAAAGUUUGGUCCAACUAUAAACUCUGUGAUAUUAAACGACCCAAAAGUUAUAAAGGAAGCUUGGAAUAAAUUCGAGUUAUGUGGUCGACCAAAACUGCACGGAACUGCGGCUCGUACCGGUGGAACGAUUCGAGGAAUUUUAUUCCAAGACGGUUCCGAGUGGAUGGAACAGCGUCGCUUCACGAUCCGUCAGUUACGAUCCUUCGGUUUUGGGAAGCGUUCCAUGGAGCACCUCGUCAUGGAUGAGGUCACCGAAUUGGCUGACACGUUGAGAAAGGACGCCACCGCCGGGGUUGCGGUUUCCACGCAGAAAAUGUUCAACGCCGCCGUGCUAAAUUCUCUCUGGAGGAUAAUGACCGGGCAAAGAUUUUCGCACGACGAUAAGGAACUGGACAGAAUUUUGGAUUCAAUUCAGAAAUCUUUGACAGCUCCGGCCGGUCUCAGCUUCGUAUUCCUCUUUCCGAUAAUAAAAACCAUAGCACCAAAUCUCUCCGGAUGGAACGAAUACUUAAAAGAAAUGCUCGAGGCGACCAAUUUCAUUCGAAAAUUUGUCACAAAGCGGCUCAAAAACCCGACCGUUACUGAUUCCCAAGAAGCCGAAGACUUUACGGAUGUGUACAUUAAAGAAAUUAAAGAAACGACUGAUAAGGAGUCGAGUUUUUAUCAAAAUCGUGGAGAGGAGACCUUGAUGGCCACGUUGCUAGACUUAUUUGUCGCUGGGGCCGAAACGACGAGUACCACGCUGACUUAUUUCUUCCUCUACAUGGCGUUAUUUCCGGAAAAACAAGAAAAGCUUCAGAAAGAGAUUGAUGCAGUGGUGGGAACUAGACAUCCCACUUUAGAAGAUCGGACUAGAAUGCCAUACACGGAGGCGACAAUUAUGGAAACCUUGCGGUUUUCAUCUAUGGUUCCGUUAGGACUGAUUCAUCGCGCCAUGGAAGACACCGAACUGGCGGGUUUCUUAAUUCCGAAAAACACCUUUCUCACCGCGAACCUGUACAAUGUCCAUCACUCCCCCGAAAUCUGGGGUGACCCCGCCAAUUUCCGCCCGGAACGGUUCCUCUCCCCUGACGCCACUCAGGUCGUGAAGAACGACGCUUUGAUGCCGUUUUCGUGGGGAAAACGCCUCUGCCUCGGCGAGCAGUUGGCCAAGGACGAACUUUUCCUCUUCGUGACCACGCUUCUCCAGGAAUUCGGCGUCCACGAAGACCCCUCCAGCCCGGAACCCUUAACGACUGAACAAGUCUCCGCAAACAUUAUAAAUCCGCCCAAACCACACAAACUAUUGUUUAAAUUGAGAAAAAAUUAAUACAAAUAUUUAAAUAUGUAAAUGACAUAUAUUUAUAUUCGUUGCAGUAAAUUAAACAACUAUGUAACUAGAUAAAUAUAAUUUGAGCGCACUUAUUAAAUAACCUUUAGCCGUUAAGUAUUUGGUGAUGAAUGAAUAAAUUAUUCAAUAUUCAAAAUUUGAAUUAAUAUUGAACGAAUAUUAUAUUCUGAUUUUGAAUAAAUGAAUAUUGAGUGAAUAUCUAUUCAAUUAGUGUGAAUGAAUAAUGAAUGAAUACUUUUUUCAUCAUUCAUUUUUAACUCAAUGCUUAAUACAUAGGGAAAGUUUAGGAAUUCAUCUAAUACUGUGAAUUUUGAAUAAAAUGCAUAAUGAAGGAAAAGUGAA